CGAAAAAAUAGUUGGAACUGACCAUGGAAGACCUUCGCGCGCUAGAACAGGUGCCAUUGCAAGAGACCAAUAAAGGUAAAAAACGCAGAUUUAGAAGAUGGGAACGAAUAGGAAAAUGGGAUAUUCAUGAUAUUGAUGAAAGAUUUACAUUUAAAAUAGUUUCGUACAAUGUUCUGGCGCAACACUUGAUCGAAUCCCAAAUCUUCCUGUACCAAAACUGCUCACCGCAAAAUCUUGUGUGGGAUAUAAGAUCAAAACGUAUAUUUGAUGAGAUCGUCAGCUUAGAUCCUGACAUUCUCUGCCUCCAAGAAGUUGAAGAAUCUCACAUUGAAAGUUUCUAUUCGCAGUUUGAAGAUAUAGGCUACACAGGUGUGUAUAAAAGAAGAACUGGAAACGAAGACGAUGGCUGCGCGAUUUACUUUAAAAAUUCAGUUUUUCAUAUGGAGGAUCAUAUUCUUGUUGAAUUUUGUCAGGAGAGUUAUGGAAUUUUAAGUCGACACGAGGUCGGCCUGGCCGUACGGCUGGUCCCGCGAGACGCGCGCACCCCCGCCAUGCCGCUCAUAGUCGCCACGACGCGUCUCUACCACUUCCUCAGGAACGAUGACGUGCGCCUCGCGCAAUCACAGCUUUUUCUCGCCCACCUGGAACGGUUUGCUAACAAUGGCUGUCAUCUAGGAUACCAUCCAAUAAUAUUAUGUGGUGACAUGAGCGCAUCGCACAACUCGUCUGUGAUCAAGUUCCUCACUAGAGGUCGCAUUUUCGUCAGCAAAACAAAGAUAAAGGGAUCUGAAAUACAAAAUAUUAAUCCUGAACAACCGCCUGAACUCGAUGGACCUGCAAAUCCAUGGGACCAAUCCUUACCUUUUUUUAGCGAAUUAGAACACCCGCUCAGGUUUCACUCCGUCUAUGCACAUCACAAAAAAAAUGGCAAUCGCGAGGUCACCACUUUCUUCCGCUCAAGUUGGAAUAACUUUGAUUAUAUAUUCUUCAGUCGCGACAGCAGGCUGAGGUUGUUGGCACGUUACCGGCUGCCCACGGAGACGGAGUGCAGGCAGCGGUACCGCCCUCAUUCUGUUCCCAACUGCAAACUACCUUCAAGCCACUUCUCUCUCGCCGCAAUCUUCGAAUACGAUCCUUCUACGCAAACGAAAUCGGCGUAUUAAAAGGAAUAAGCUCCGUGUAACUUAUCCUACAGUGAUUCCAGUGGUCUUAAGGACUGUACUCUGAGUCCUUAUACUUUACCUAUGUUUAGUUUAUAAUACUAGUUUAAGCUAAAUUAAUUGAGAGCGGCUUAACUCACGUAUGAUUAUCCGAUAACGGCACCGACACAAAUGUGAUUUUCGUAUAAAUAUUGUAAUUAAAUACUAUUUUGGGCGCUCAAAGCCGCAAUAUGACUGAUCACGUGGA